UGCGGCAUUCCUUUCAUCUGUUAUUCGAGAGAAAAAAAUUCACGUCCCGGGGGUCAUCCUGGACCUGGAAAGCUCAAGGUCAAGGUUUUAGACGUUAAUUGUUGGGAAUGGGGGCAUUUGAUUGCUAGUAAGUGGGAAUAACCUCAAUGUUUAAAGAGUCGUGUGGAAUUCAAUGGGAAUUUUUAUUAAUGAGGGCUUUGGGGAUUAAUUACUCGCUAUUGCAAUCCCUUUCUCUCCGGGAUUUUUAUGAAAUCGGUUAUUUCGUCGCCUUGUGGUUUUUUUUUGGUGAGGGAAUGGGGAAAAGGAUAGAGGGAAUUUUAAUGAUAUUUUUCCGGGGAAAAAAAACGAGAAGUGAUUUUUUAAAAUCCAUUCGUUGGAACAGGAGAAACGAUUGACUUUCAAAGAGUUGAAGGAUGCCGAGCCCGGCGGACGUCUCACCGAUGGAAAUUGACGAAAAUCACUACGACUCUGACGAGGAAGGUGGAGUGCGCAUUGACGAAGACAUCUACAUCCCUCCACCCCCUCAAAAGCUGACAGAGCAUAACAGCAGCGAUCCUCGUUUGAUAAUCUCCAAAAUAACAAAUCGAGACUUCAAGAGCUACGCCGGUACCGUGGACAUAGGCCCCUUCAACACGUGCUUCUCAUCGAUAGUCGGUCCCAAUGGCAGUGGCAAAAGCAACGUCAUCGACUCGAUGCUCUUCGUUUUUGGUUAUCGAGCAACAAAAAUUCGUUCGAAAAAGGUUUCAUCCAUGAUUCACUCCUCCAACGAACACCCAAACUGCACCAGCUGCACAGUCUCCGUGUACUUUCGAAAGGUCCUGGACAAGCCGAACGAGGAGUACGAGGAGAUCCCGGGGAGUGAGAUAAUCAUAUCAAGAACAGCCUUCAAGGAUAGCUCGUCUUAUUACGAAUUGAAUGGUCGAAAAGUGCAAUUCAAGGAAAUAGCUAAGCUCCUAAGGCACGAGGGAGUCGACCUCGAUCACAAUCGUUUUCUGAUACUCCAGGGGGAGGUCGAGCAGAUCGCCCUGAUGAAGCCGAAGGGACAGUCAGAUACUGAUACUGGAAUGCUCGAAUUCUUGGAGGACAUCAUUGGCACCACUAGAUACAAACAACCACUGGAAAAACUCGCAACAAAAGUAGAAAUUCUUUCAGAACGAGUGGUGGAGAGGACGAAUCGCUUGAGGAUGGCGGAGAAGGAGAGGGACACUCUGAAGGAGCCGAUGCAGGAGGCUGUGGCUUAUUUGAAGAUCGAGAAUGCAAUAACAAAGCUGCAGCACAAGUUGUAUCACUGCAAGAGAGUUGAUACCAUGGGAGAAAUUAAGGAGAAAGAGGAGUUCCAUGAGGGCCUGGGAAAGGAUCUGAAGGAUUUGAAGAGCGAGAUGUCACGAGUCCACGAGGAUAAAGAGGAAAAAUCGAGGGAAUUGAAGGAGAAGUCUAAGAAAUGGGACGCGAUUCAGCUGAAACGAGACGCAGCAUCUGGGAGAUUCGAGGAGAUCAGGAAAAAGGACGAGGCACUGCACGCCGAGGCACUGGAGACCAAUAAGAGGAGAAAAUUAAAUAUGCAAUCUGUGAAAACAGAGCAGAUGAAUCUAGAGAAUCUGUCAAGAAUACCAGAGAAGAAUGCAGAGGAAAUUGAAGAGUGUGAGACUCUCAUUCAGAGACACAUCACCAAAAAGGAGAAGGAGGAGGAGCAGCUACAGGUGCUGAUGGGAUCACUCAAGGAGAAAACUGAGCCCCUGAUGAAGAGACGAGCAGAGAUGGAAAAAAAGCUCAUCGUCUACAAGAAGAACGUCAACGAGGCCAAGGGUAUAUUCGACCUGGCGCAGUCUGAGCUGGAGAUUUACACCUCUGUUGAGGUGAAAGAGAGGGAGAAGCUCGAGAGACUCAAGGAGACACUCCAGAGGGCAGCGGAGACCCUCAAGGAUCGUAGGGAGCAGUUGGAGACGCUCAAAAAGAAAAUCCCUAAGACUGAGAAGAGCCUGAACGAUGCUAGGAGAGAUCUGGCAGAGGCCAAGGCCCAGGAACUCGAGGCUGCCACUAAUUUAAAACGCAUGAGGCUCCAGUUCGAGGAGCAGAGGUCAGCAAUGAAUGCCUCAAAGUCACGCAGUGCAGUCCUCGAUUUUCUGAUGCAGCAGAAACGCGAAGGAAAGCUUGCUGGUGUCAUUGGAAGACUUGGAGAUCUAGGUGCUGUAGAUGCUAAAUACGAUAUUGCUGUUUCUACAGCAUGCGGAACCCUUGAUCACAUAGUCGUGGACACUGUGGACACGGCCCAGGAGUGCAUUGAGCUUCUUCGACGUCACAACGUGGGUCGUGCCAAUUUCAUUCCCCUUGAGAAGCAGCAGCACCUGGUGGAGAUUUACCAGGAGCCUGUGAAAACGCCAGAGAAUGUUGUCCGACUGUUCGAUGUGAUUAAAGUGGAGGACCAGAGGAUUCUACCAGCUUUUUACUUUGGUCUCAGGAAUACUCUUCUCGCUGUGGACCUGGAGCAGGGCUCGAGGAUUGCUUAUGGGGCUCAACGCUGGAGAGUUGUCACUGUUCAGGGACAACUUAUUGAGACAUCUGGAACGAUGAGUGGAGGUGGAAGGCCAUCGAAGGGGCGAAUUGGCCAGAGAGUUAUGAGGAAUGAGCCAUCAGGUGCUGACAUUGAGAGACUUCAGGGUGAUCUUGAGAGUAUCUACGAGGAGUGCAAUAGACUCAGGAUGAAACAGCCACCAUUGGAGGAGCAGAUCAGAGUGCUGUCGUCGGCACUCGAGGAGAUGAUACUAAACAGAGAUAAAUUUGAGAUUGAGGCACAGACCAUUCAGGAGCAAGCGCCAUCCCUCAAGCAGCAGGUGAAGGCGCAGGAGAAGAAGGUGAUUGAAUCGAAAUCCAGUGCUGAGAGGGUGGAGGAGUUGGCUGAGGCUGUCGAGAGGUCCAGGGAGAAGCUAGAGAAGACGAAGAAGGAGUCAGAGUCUACUGAUAGAGCUGUGAAGGAGAUUAAUGAUGAGAUUGAGGAGUUGUCUGGGGGAAAAGUUAAAGAGCAGCAGAAGAAGAUAUCAGAUCUAUCCAAGGGAAUUGAUAAAGCCAGGAAGGAGAUCUGCAGACUCCAGGUAGGGAUAAAAACGUCUGAGAGAGACUCUCGGAAAACGAGCCAGAGGAUCGAACAGCUCGAGGCUGACAUUCAGAUCUGUCAGGGGCGGUUAACGGAGAUUCAUCAGGAGAUUCACGAGUGCGAGGAGGAGGCGAAAACCAUCCUGGAGGAGAUCAAGGUUCAUGAUACAGCUCUGGUGGAGCGAGACGCUGCUGCAGCUUCUCUCAAGGGCGAUAUACACAAGCUUCAGGAUCGAGAGAAUAAAAUGAAAGCCACGAAAAUCGAUCUUGAUGAGAAAUUCAAGGCCAGUGAAAAUGUUAUUGCUGAGCUGAGGCUCAAGGUCGCCAAGUACGAGAGAGGAAUAAAAGGAUUGAAGCUCACAGAUAUUCCUGAUGAGCCUCAGGAGGAGCUGCCGGAUUACACUGACGAGCAGAUUUCAAAUUUUGAUACUCGUACUGUUGCUAAUAAUCUGGCAGCCGCACAGGAGAAACUCCCCCAGGAAACUCCCAAUAUGCAGACGAUCAAGGAUUAUUUGGAGAAGGACAAGGUGUUCAUGAAGAGGUCUGCUGAGGUCCACGAGGCCACUGAUGUCAGGAAUAAAAUGAGGAGUGCUUAUGACGAGGCCAGGAAGAGAAGGGCUGAGGAAUUUCAUGCUGGAUUCAAUGUUAUCACAACUAAAUUGAAGGAAAUGUAUCAGAUGAUCACUCUCGGGGGUGCUGCUGAGCUAGAACUCGUUGAUUCACUCGAUCCCUUCACUGAGGGUAUCACUUUCAGUGUGAGACCACCUAGAAAGUCCUGGAAGAAUAUCAGCAAUCUCAGUGGUGGAGAGAAGACCCUCAGUUCUUUAGCUCUUGUCUUUGCUCUUCAUCAUUACAAACCAACUCCCCUGUACUUCAUGGAUGAGAUCGAUGCUGCACUUGAUUUUAAAAAUGUAUCCAUCGUUGGACGAUACAUUAAGGAUCGAACCAAAAAUGCCCAGUUUAUUGUUAUUAGUCUCAGGUCUGAGAUGUUUGAGCUAGCUGACACAUUGAUUGGAAUUUUCAAGACUUUCAAUGGAACUAAAAGUAUUCCUGUGGAUAUCAAAGGAAUUUAUGCUGCACAUCCGAAGAUUGAGGAGGUCGAGAAGGCUAAAAUGGCAGUGAGAAACCUAAAAGUCGCUAGGAAUUCUCUUAGUCAGGUGGUGAGACAUGAAGCAAUAUCACAGCCCAGGAUGCCUCUGACUUGUCCUCCUAUAAUAGAAAAUUUUGACGAACUGGAGGCAAGAGAUGAUCCCCGUGACGACCUCCAGGAAUCUAGGGCGAGAGUUUCGCCAGUUACUGUUCCUCCAGGACCUGUCCACAGAAGAUCACUUGGGGGGGACACUCCUAUCACCACCAGACGAUCGCUUAAGGACAUCAAUUCACAGAUUUAACGAUUUUGAUCUCAAUUUUUGGGUAUUCAGACAUUAUUUUAUAAGGUUUGAGGGACGCAAAGAGUUGAUUAAUGGGUUAAUUAGUAAAAUGAAAAAUUUAAUAAUUAGAGGUGAAAGAGAGAUGAUUCGUGAUUAGUAGUAAUCGAUGAGAAAAGCCUGUAAUCUACUUCACAGGAAUAUUUUUAUCAUACAAUAAUAAACAGUUAUUACAGUAAAACUAAUAAUUUAA